GCCACAGUGAGUGAGUUGAGGUUUUACAAUAUCCAACAAGCAAGCAGUUUUCAUAUUGCCUUUGUGUUUUUCUCUUCCCUUUGUUCAGAAAGAGAGUAUGGAGAUGAAACUGAUGGGUUGUUGGUCUCUGAUAGUUUUUGGGUUGGUGGUUACGGUUUUGAACAAUGCAUGUCCUGCAAAUGGGGUCACAUGCCAAGAGGCCCUAAUGACUUUGAUGCCCUGUGAGUCAUACUUGGUGGGUUCUGGCCCAGGCACUCCUGCCGUUCCUUGUUGUGCUGGUGUCCAAACCCUUGUUUCUGAGGCUACCUCCACUGAAAUCCGCAGGAGCCUCUGUGAAUGCUUGAAAAAAGCUGCAUCUGGGAUGAAGAUUGACCCAGGCAGACUUAAGGCCAUCCCCGAAUACUGCAAGGUCUCCGUUCCUGUACCUCUUGACCCCGCCGUCGACUGCAGCAAAGUUCCUCUGUUCUAAAGGGUGUGCAUGAUGAUGUUAUGAAAUAAAACUUGGAGAAUGAUUAGCUGCAAGCCAGAUGUUUUGGGAUGUGCAGAAAAUUAAUUAGUGUUUGAUUCAUUUUGUGCAUCC